AUGCUGCAAGGACAGUGCAUGGACUGGGAUGAGUUGCCACCGGAGAAUGACGAAGGAUGUGUCGAGUACAAGUGGCGUCUCGGCCCAGAGCACAGCCACAGGCGGGUGGACAGACUAGCGACGCAAAUGAAGUUUCGUCUGGCGGAGGGCAGCGGCAAAGCCUUCUACUUGCUGGGCGUUCGCGACUCUGGCUUCGCGGAGGGACUUUCAGCCCGAGAGCACUCUGAAGCAGUAAGUGUUCUUAUGGCAGCUGCCGGCGCAGCUGACUGCAUACUGCUUUUGGAGGCCCUGGGCUGUUCCACAAGAUCCAAGAAGGGUAGGCUUUGCUCUGUCUGGCGGCUGGAGCAGAGGCAGGCAGCGGUCAGCAAGCUGUCGAAACAACUGCAUCUUUGUGGGUCGCUGGCCGACUCUUUGCCGCGUGGGAGAUGUCGCAUGGAAGUCGCGGCCCCUCCGGUCGCCAAGGAGAUGAUCGAGCAACUCGCUUUGGGGUGCGGCCAGAG